AUGUGGUGUUCGAUAUUAUUCUACACAUUAUUGAUAACAUUUGUUCGCGCCUCAUCAAAUCGGACGAGUUCACAGACGAAAGUUGGUGAAUGUGAUAGUCUAAAUGGAAAUGCAUGUGGUUUUGUUACCUGUGAAAAUGGUGGUCAGUGUAAUGAAGAUCCAUCCACUGCCGAUUGCUUCAAAUGCCACUGUCUACCUGGCUUCUCAGGCAAGGUCUGCCAAAAUGCAAUCAUCCUUCCGCCUGGAUGUGGAUCCGGAUGUCAAAAUGGAGGCGCCUGUAUCGGAAAUAUUUGCAACUGCCAGCCUGGAUUCACAGGUCCGUUCUGUGAAACAAUCAACAACUGUGCUCCUGUCAAUCCGUGUGGAAAUGGUGGCCGAUGUUCAUCGGUUGGCAACACUUUUGUUUGCGAUUGUACUGGCACCGGGUUCACCGGAAGAGACUGUACCGAACCCAUCGUCACGAAUCCAUGCACAACAAAUCCCUGUCAAAACGGAGCACAAUGCUCGUGGAAUGGAGUCUUGGUGACUUGCGCUUGUGUUGGUGGUUUCUCGGGAUCAUUCUGUCAAAUACCACCAGUCCCAUGCGCAGCCACACCCUGUGAGAAUGGAGGUGUUUGCGAACCGACUGGUGCAAAUACGUAUGAAUGUAGAUGUCCUGCUGAAUACACUGGUAUUCGAUGCGAAACAUACAUCUUGUCAACUCAUCCAUGUGUAACGAUGGCAGACAGGGUGUGUCAGAAUGGUGGCGAGUGCACGGUGAACGGCGAUGACUACCUGUGUCGAUGUGCUUCAGGUUGGGGUGGGCGAAACUGUGAAGUGAGAGAGGAGCCAAAUACAUGCAAUCCAAAUCCCUGCGGUGAUCAUGGAACUUGUGGAAUAGCUACUAUAGCAAGUGGCACUGUUGCGAUUUGCUUCUGUGAUAAUCAAUGGACAGGAAGACGUUGUGAUAUUCAGAUUGGUGAACAAUGUUACGAUGGUUAUUGUAUGUCCGGUGGUGUAUGUCGAACAAGUGGAAACAUUCGUUAUUGCGAGUGUCCAGUAACGCAUAUUGGUGCACGAUGCGAGACACCUAUUACUGGUGUCACUACCACUACAGCGGUACCAGGUGUGCGACCAUGUUCGUUGGCUCCAUGUCGCAACGGGGGUGCCUGUUACGGUGACAACGUUAAUUUUAUCUGUGUGUGCCCUCCAAAUUGGACAGACCGAACAUGUUCAACAGCUAUAUCAGUUGUCGACCUCUGUUCUCCAAAACCAUGUCGAAAUAAUGGCGCAUGCCAGACUAAUGGUAUGGUUUUUGUUUGUACAUGCAUACCACCUUGGACAGGUUUAACUUGCGAAAGUUAUCAACCAGCGGCAAUAACAACAACUACCGCUAUUCCUACCAUUGGAAUGACAUGCACUGAUAUGCCAUGUCGCAACGGAGGCGUAUGCUAUACCAUUGCCAAUGGUUACUAUUGUUAUUGUGGGGCAAACAAUCUUUACACAGGCAAAAACUGUGAAACAAUUGUACCAGUGACACCAUCAAAUUGUCCGUUGAACUGUGCACCUGGUUAUUGUGUACCUUCUGGUUCGAGCGCGCGACCCUAUGUCUUUGUUCGCGCCUCAUCAAAUUGGACGAGUUCACAGACGAAAGUUGGUGAGUGUGAUAGUCUAAAUGGAAAUGCAUGUGGUUUUGUUACCUGUGAAAAUGGCGGUCAGUGUAAUGAAGAUCCAUCCACUGCCGAUUGCUUCAAAUGCCACUGUCUACCUGGCUUCUCAGGCAAGGUCUGCCAAAAUGCAAUCAUCCUUCCGCCUGGAUGUGGAUCCGGAUGUCAAAAUGGAGGCGCCUGUAUCGGAAAUAUUUGCAACUGCCAGCCUGGAUUCACAGGUCCGUUCUGUGAAACAAUCAACAACUGUGCUCCUGUCAAUCCGUGUGGAAAUGGUGGCCGAUGUUCAUCGGUUGGCAACACUUUUGUUUGCGAUUGUACUGGCACCGGGUUCACCGGAAGAGACUGUACCGAACCCAUCGUCACGAAUCCAUGCACAACAAAUCCCUGUCAAAACGGAGCACAAUGCUCGUGGAAUGGAGUCUUGGUGACUUGCGCUUGUGUUGGUGGUUUCUCGGGAUCAUUCUGUCAAAUACCACCAGUCCCAUGCGCAGCCACACCCUGUGAGAAUGGAGGUGUUUGCGAACCGACUGGUGCAAAUACAUAUGGAUGUAGAUGUCCUGCUGAAUACACUGGUAUUCGAUGCGAAACAUACAUCUUGUCAACUCAUCCAUGUGUAACGAUGGCAGACAGGAUGUGUCAGAAUGGUGGCGAGUGCACGGUGAACGGCGAUGACUACCUGUGUCGAUGUGCUUCAGGUUGGGGUGGGCGAAACUGUGAAGUGAGAGAGGAGCCAAAUACAUGCAAUCCAAAUACAUGUAAUAACAAUGGUGUAUGCUCUUUGGUUCAAAUAACUACGGGAUUAACAGCUCACUGCAGCUGUAGAGAUGACUGGACGGGAAAAUACUGUGACGUUCGGAUUGGUGAACAAUGUUACGAUGGUUAUUGUAUGUCCGGUGGUGUAUGUCGAACAAGUGGAAACAUUCGUUAUUGCGAGUGUCCAGCGACGUACACUGGUAGACGAUGUGAGUCGCUCAUCGGUGCUGGAAUAACAACUACAACCCCUGUUAGCCCUACAUUAGUACCGAGUGUCGGAAACUGCUCGCCAAGCCCAUGUUUGAAUGGAGGUGCAUGUUUCAGUGACAAUAAUUAUUUCAUCUGUUUAUGUACAUCGCCAUGGUCGGGACGUAUAUGUGAAGAAGGAGAAAUGGUAACUACAACAACAGUAAUGACAAGUACUACUACUAUUCCGUCGGUUUCUCGUGACUGUCAGUCGAAUCCAUGUCAAAAUGGUGGCACGUGUGUUCCUAUCGGUACCUCAUAUUCUUGCUUUUGUGGAUUAGACAGUAUUUAUACUGGUAAAAACUGUGAUUCAACUGCUGCAAUGUCGUUCCUUGAAUGUCCAUUGAAUUGUGCACCAGGCCGAUGUAUAUUUUCUGGCUAUGCAGAACGGCCAUACGGUUGUUUAUGGAAUGGAAUUAUGCGACCUGAAGGUGGUACGACGAGAUAA